AUGUUUAUUACCUCAGACGCUGAGAUUUUAGACAUGGUAUUGGGGCAAAAACUUGAAUUUUCGCAAAAGCCCUUUCAAUUAUUUGUUCCUAAGGAGAGAACAUAUAAUCACAUACAAGCACAGGCAAUUGAGGUAGAAAUUGAAACUCUCCUUAAGAAAGGCGUCGUUGUUCUUACGGAACAUGAAAAGGGGGAAUAUAUUUCCCCUAUUUUUACAACAGCAAAAAAGGAUGGGUCAGCAAGAAUGAUCCUAAACCUCAAAUCUCUAAACAAGUUUAUCGAAUACAAACAUUUUAAAAUGGAGUCCUUCUCUACCAUUGUAAACAUGGUUAAGCCCAACUGCUUUAUGGCUUCAGUAGAUUUGAAGGAUGCAUAUUAUUCAGUGCCAAUACAUCCAGAACAUCAAAAGUAUUUAAAAUUUAAUUGGAAAGGGCAACUGUAUAAGUUUACUUGUUUCCCUAAUGGCUUGGCCUUUUGUCCUAGAAAGUUUACAAAGCUGUUGAAACCAAUUAAUUCAUACUUAAGACAGCUAGGUCAUAUUUCUGUCAGUCACAUUGAUGAUUCCUAUCUUCAAGGUGACGAUUAUGAUGAUUGUGCAAGUAAUGUGUUAGACACAACAAAAUUGUUUGAUUCUGUAGGAUUUGUGAUCCAUCCUGACAAAUCAUCCCUGAUACCUAAACAACAGAUGACCAUUCUUGGUUUUACAAUUAAUUCUGUAGAAAUGAGGGUUUACCCCAGUAAAGAUAAGGUGGCAAAAAUAAAAGCUUUAUGCACAGAACUUAUACAAAAUGCUGCCCCAACUAUUCGGCAGGUGGCGUCAGUGUUGGGUCUACUAGUAUCCAAUUUCCCAGCUGCGCAAUUCGGACCUUUACAUUUUAGAGACCUUGACAUGGACAAAACUGAGGCACUAAAACUAAAUAAAGGAAAUUUUGAUAAACAUAUGAAAUUGUCAAAAGCAUCAUAUGAUGACUUGCACUGGUGGGUUAAAUCAGCUGACAGCCUGUUUAAACCUAUUGGCCUUUCACAGCCUGAAGUAACUCUGUUUACCGAUGCAUCAAAUCAAGGUUGGGGUGGUGUUUUAGGCAAGGUCACCAUCGGGGGUCGAUGGACUCCCUCUGAAGCAACCCACCACAUAAAUUUUUUGGAAAUGCUAGCUGUAUUUUUUGCUCUAAAAGCUUUUCAGACACAGUUGCUGGGUAAACAUGUAUGUGUUAGAAUAGACAACAUGACGGCGGUAUCAGACAUAGGUAAAAUGGGUACCAGCCAUUCUAGAAAUCGCAACAACUUAACUCGAGAAAUUUGGACCUGGUGUAUUAUACAUCGGGUGUUCUUAACUACAGCACACAUACCAGGCAAAGAAAAUGAGGCAGCUGAUGCUGAAUCUAGGAAAGCUAGAGAUCAAACUGAAUGGGCCUUAGACCCAGAAAUAUUUCAACAGGGUACCCAGAGGUUAGGGGUAAAACCAGUUAUUGACCUGUUUGCCUCCCGAUUAAAUUAUAAAUUGAAACCUUUUAUUGCUUACCAGCCUGAUCCUGAGGCUGUUAAUGCCUUCACAAUCUCAUGGCAUUCAUACUUAUUUUAUGCAUUUCCUCCUUUUAGCAUAAUACCAUUAGUCUUGCAAAAAAUUCGAGAGGAGGAGAGUACCGGGCUGAUUGUGGUCCCAAAUUGGCCAACCCAACCCUGGUGGCCAUAUUUAAUGCGCAUGGUCAUCCAGAAUCCAGUGGUUCUCCCGAACAACAAGAAAAUGUUACAAUUACCCACCAAACCAGACCUUGUACACCCACUGUAUCCCAAAUUAACGCUACUACUGUGCCAUGUUUCAGGCAAGCCUUCGAAAAUAAAGGACUAUCAGAAGCAGCUUUAUCCGUCAUAUUGGCAUCAUGGAGGAAGAGUACACAAAGACAAUACACACCAUACAUUAAUAAAUGGCUACAGUACUGUAAUUCAAGGAAAAUGGAUCAACUUUCAGCAACUAUAG